UGCGCUGCUGAAGGGGCUGGGGCGCGGCCGCCGGUCUGCACAGGCAGCACCAUGGCGCUCACGGUGGUCAGCAUGGCGUGUGUCGGGUUCUUCUUGGUCCACGGAGUCUGGACACAAAAGGGAUUCCACAGAAAACCUUCCCUCCAGGCCCUCCCAGGUCCCCUGGUGAAAUCAGGAGAGACGGUCAUCCUGCAGUGUUGGUCAGAUAUCAUGUAUGAGCACUUCCUUCUGCACAGAAAGGGGAUCUCUGAGGAUCUCUUGCGCAGCAUUGGAGAACCCCGUGAUGGGGGCUCCCAGGCCAACUUCUUCAUAAAUUCCACGCUGCCUGGCCUUGCAGGGACCUACAGAUGCUACGGUUCUGUCACUCACUCCCUCUAUGAGUGGUCGGCUCCCAGUGACCCCUUGGACAUCGUGAUCACAGGUCGAUACGGAAAACCUUCUCUCUCAGCCCAGCCGGGCCCCACGGUUCGACCAGGAGAGAACGUGACCUUGUCCUGCAGCUCGAGCACCUCAUUUGACGUGUACCAUCUAUCCCGGGAUGGGGAGGCCCCUGAACUCAGGCUCCCUGCAGUGCGGAGCAUCAAUGGAACAUUCCAGGCCCACUUCCCUCUGGGCCCUGCCAGCCACGGAGGGACCUACACAUGCUUCGGCUCUUUGAGUAACUCUUCCUACAGGUGGUCAGCCCCGAGUGACCCACUGUCCGUUUCUGUCACAGGAAAUCCUACAAGCGGUUGGCCUUCACCCACUGAACCAAGCUCGAAAACUGGUAACCCCAGACACCUGCACGUUCUGAUUGGGUCCUCAGUGGUCAUCAUGCUGUUCAUCAUCCUGCUCUUGUUUCUCCUUCAUCGCUGGUGGUCCACGAAAAAGAAUGCUGCAGUAAAGGACCAAGAGCCUGCGGUGGACAGAACAGUGAACAGGGAGGACUCUGAUGGACAAGACCCUCAGGAGGUGACAUACGCACAGCUGGAUCACGAUGUUUUCACACAGAGAAAAAAUGCUCGUCCAUCUCAGAGGCCCAAGAGACCCCCAGCAGAAACCAGUGUGUACAUGGAACUCCCAAAUGCGGAGCCCAGAUUGAAAGUUGUCUCCUGUCCGUGAGCACCACAGACAGGCCCUGAGGGGUCCUCUAGGGAGACAAUGGCCCUGACUCAAACCCGGCUUGCCAGCUCCAGUGUAACAGCAGCUGGGACCUGAAGGCGUGAGUCUGUGUCUCAGGGGAUCGCUCUUCCUCACACCAUGAAUCUGAACGUGGCUCUUUUUUGCUUACAAAUGUCUGCGGUCCUCACUGCCUGCUGGACCGAAAACACACUCCUUUGCUUAACACACAAUUCUCCAUUUUACUUGACCCCUGCCCACCCCUCCAAACUAACUGGCUUACUUCCUGGUCCUACUUGAGGCUGCAGUCACAGUGAGAAACUCACAAGUCCAGACAUACAAGAGGCUCCCUCUUAACACAGCACUUAGACACGUGCUGUUCCACCUUCCCUCUGACUAUCUUUCAGCCUUCUGUCAUCAGUAAAACUUAAAAUUUUUUUUAUAAUUUCAAUGUAGUUCUCUCCUCUUUAAAUAAACAUGUCUCAUGCUUUAGG